UGCCUGUAGUUUACCCUCAGGCUUGUGGCACAGGCACUUCAAGAUGAAACCCUGCAUUUUCCUCGCUUUCGUGACCACCGUCUUUGCCGCGACAAAUUUUGAGCAGCAAUGCGGCCAGGGGCCCGAACCUGGUCUCUGCAGAGCUUUUCUGCCGAUGUGGUGGUACAACGCAAAAACAGGGAAGUGUGAGGAGUUCGUCUAUGGAGGUUGCGGGGGCAACGGUAACCGAUACGAGACCAGGAGGGACUGCGAGGAAACCUGUUCGGCCAAAAAACUGGCCUACAGGAAAGCAGGAAGUGAGGCUGCCCUAGCUGAAGGAAUCAAAAAUACGGAGUCGGUAUCAGUUGCAGACGUGUGCGGGAGACCAGCUUACCCUGGCCCUUGUAUGGCAUACUUCCCACGCUUCUACUACGAACCCAACACCAAUUCCUGCCACCCAUUCAUCUACGGAGGCUGCAAGAGCAACGGAAACAACUUCGAGACGCGCCGUGCCUGUACCGACUUCUGUGUUUCUGAGUUGGCCGUCUAAACCACCUCACGGCCCGAAUAAGAAGAGCUGACACAUUAUUCCCAGCAUGGCGCUUCGGAUUGCUCGAGCGACACAAGGUUGCGCGAUACGAAAACAGAAGCCAUGAGUAUAGAGGCAGGAAGAACUUCUGGAACAACGAUGCUUGGUACACUGUAAAUCGAUUGACACCUUUAAGAGUGAUUUCUGCCGAGAAUACGCGCCUUUACACCUUUGAUGGCGUAAGAGCGUGUGUUAUAGGCCAAUUUGCAUCCUAAAAUGUGUGUAAAGUGGUUUAUAGUGCAUCAGUAUCGGUGCACACAAGUGGUCAAGCGACAAGAUGGAAUGAAAUGCUAAUAAUCUAAAAAUGUUUACGAUUGUUUACAGCUACAAGUG